CGCAGCGCCAAGGUUUGCGCCUUGCGGCCAUGGAGAAGAAGCUCACUCUUCUUCAAGCGGUUUUUACGGCGGGAGUCUUCUCCGCCGUCUCCUUCUGGUAUGGCUUCAUGUUCGGAAGGGAAUCUGCUCGCAAGGAGCUAGGCGGACUGAUCGAAGACCUCCGUCGAGGCACCGCCGGUUCUGAGCCCAAACAUGAGUAGAAUUAAGUUAUUUUGCUGCACUCGAAAGAAGAUGGUUCAUCUGUUUGACUGGAUGGAAAUCUUUAUCCUGAUCACUGAGACUUAUCAUCUGAGGCACAUAGAGUGGUUAAUGGUUGAAAUCUAAGAUGGUGCAGUUUUCAAGUCUGUAAUGCAUUUCAUCAUUUUCAAACUAGAUAUACUAGUCUGUGGCCAGCAAGCAGAAAGCUCAUCAGACUGCAGAUUUGUAUGUUUUGUUGCUCUUUUCUCAUAAUAUGUGGAAAACUUCCAUCUGCUCGGUCCCUCAAUUUGCAAUCAACGAACGUUGUUACAUGGUUUUGAAUAUAGUCGGCUGCUGAUAUUUUUAUGUACGCAUCUAAGUCUUGGGAUAUGAAAGAUGCAUUUGCCAUUUC